UCUCUCCGGGAACAAGUUGAAGACCUUUCCUCAAUGCACCUUCCAUCUUCCAAACUUAGCAAAGAUAGAUUUGUCACGGAACAUGUUGAAAUCUAUACCUGUGAAUGCGUUCCAGAAUUUGACGAAACUAACGUACUUAGACCUUGGAGGGAACCUUUUGGAGCAUAUUCCUCCGAGCGCAUUCCAGAAUUUGAAGAAUCUAAAUAAUAUAUUUCUAUGGGGCAACUAUAUUUCGCAGAGUGCCUUCAAAGUGUUCUCAAAAGAAAUAAAAAGCGCCGUGCACUUAGAUCUCAGUGGAAAUCCGAUCGGAUCUAACUUAACUUCGAAUACUUUUUCUGGUUUUAACAAUAUGGAGGAAUUAUUUUUGACCUCUUGUGGCCUUACAAACAUUGAUGGACGAACUUUCAAAGCCAUCAAAAAGCUCAGAAAACUUUUCCUGAAUUUUAACUUCCUAUCGCACUUACUAAUAGCCACCCUUGAAGGACCAUCUGGGCUUGAAACUCUGCGCCUAGAUGGAAAUCAAAUUAGGACAAUAGAGGAUGGAACAUUCAAGCGCUUCACGAGCCUUCUUGAAUUCCACUUAGAUGACAAUCAGCUGAGAACUGUGCCCGAUCUACCUCGACUUAAAUUGCCUGGAUUUGUGUAAGUUGGGAUUG